AUGGCCACUCUCAACGUACGCCAGGGCCCACCCAUCGGGACCGCUCUCGUCGUAGUCAACAAGGACCCUCCACCCAUUGUGAGGCUGCAAGGUUUGGAAAGACCUGUUUCCUCGCUGGCGGAGAAUGUGCAAAAGGUCAUGGGAGCAUUCUACGAUGUCCACAAGGCUCUUAUAGCCCGCAAAGGUCUACACAAAGGGACGAUCGAGCGAUUCAAAGAGGCUAAACACCUGUUUAGAACUGAAUGCGAGAGCCUUCGACAGGUUCUACAGAGUGGAUACCGUCACGCAGUAGACUUCACUUCCUCAUGUCAACGUGCUCCAAAUGACCGUCAUAUCUCUGCGAAAAGAUGUCAACUGUCAGGAAAGAGUGUUCUCCGAGAUCUGCAAGAGGUCAAUAGAGUUUACGAUAGAGAUUUGCAGAGCUUUCGGACUCAGGAGAAAGAUUUGAAAGACCAACUGACCGAGAAGAACAAGAAAAGUGGUCAAUCUCGAUCAUCGACACUCGACUCACAACAACAGCAAACCCCGAAGGAUGCGCACCCGGAACUCACGGUGACGACGCUAUUCUCUGCACUGGAGGAUGUGAGAUCUUCUCUAUGGGACAUUCUUGCGUUCUGGGAGAACCAUGCCGCGUUCCUUACCCUGAUCGUGAAUCGGCAAAGUAACUUUCCGUCACCUGGGGAUGAAACGAAGGCAACGGUCGAGAUCUGGAUCAAAUACCAGGCUGCCCUUUUGCAGGCCAGCAGCUCUAUAGCACAGUCUGCAGACGCUAUGACUAUCGAUCCAGCUAUUGUGCAGACGAACGGAAAGACCAGGCGAAGGAACACAUACCCUCAGGCCCGUGCUGACGGCGGCAAACUCCCGUUGAACGACAGACGCUCGUAUCCGGCUGGUGCAGAUAAGGCUAAUCGUAGCGAUGAGGGCCUGUAUUCGUGGUGGAAGAAGAUUUGUCGGUUUUUCUCUCAUUCGAAAUAG